AUGGGAUACAUUACUCCUGAGCAACUUGGUUGCGUGAGGUCAAUGGGCGCCGAGACGAAGGGUGAAAGCAAGGCGAGCGUCAAGGACAGGAGUGUUCCUAAGGCUUGGAAGGCCGUCCAACUCUGCGUUCCGAAGCAGCCGUUUGACCGUUUGUGCCAAGAGGUCUUUCAGGAGGCAUUCCAGAGUCACUUCAGCGGCCGAACCUCUGACGGAAAGACAGUUCUGCUCACGGAUGUUGAUGGCCGUGCCCCAACACAGAUGCAUCUGAGCAAGUCCGCGAUUGCAGUCCUCCACACAGCGUUCGAAGAGUAUGGUUCGUGCUUGUUCACAGAUGCUUCGACCUUUGCGGCCCAUGCCAACAGGACUGGCGUGGGGCUGUCCGACAUGAGGCUUGUGAUGGGGUUGAGGUCUGGGCUGCUACAGCGGAAUCGAGAAGAUGCAGCUGCAGCUUGUCAGAAGAAAGAAAGGGCAAAUUGCUGUGUCUUUUGUGGUCCUCUGCUUCUCUUGGCUCCUCUGACCUCUGGCUCUGGUCCUCUGACCUCGUCCUCUGACCUCUGGUCCUCUGACCUCUGGUUCUCUGGUCCUCUGGUCAAAGGUGCUGAUCUGACCUACGCUGGACGCUGGGGCGCUGUUCGAGUCGACGCGCAGCUGGUGGACCGCCUGCGCUGGGCCGCCGCCAACGUUCAGUCGCGGGCGCAUGCAGCCCAGGGAGGCGGCACCAUCCUCAUCCCGCUAGCGGACUGCCUCAACCACUCGCCCUCGAACGCCAACUGUGAGGUGGUCCAGCACGAGGACCACGUAGAGGUUGUGACGACCUGCGAGGUGGACCGAGGGGAGGAGCUGCUGAUCUGCUACGGGCACUUCUCAAACGCGGAGCUGUUGUACAACGCGGGCUUUACCGCUUGGCCCAACGACUUCGACACCUUGGUCUUGGACUCCGCCCAGCUCCAGGCGGCUGCGGCGGCGGAUGCUCAGAGCGACUUGCUGUCGGCAAGGAUGGGAGAUCUUGCAGAUGGAUUCGAGGUGAAGCUCUCGGCUGCAGCGCCCCUGCUGGGGCGCGGCGUGCCCUCUCGGGCAGUGACGCUGCUGGCGGGGCUGCUGCUCCCAGAGGAACGAUGGCAGGGCCUUCUGCAGAACGGCGAAGGACCUGGCGGCGUCCACGACCUCUGGACACAGGACUCUGCUGAGGCGGCCACGCUCCGCGCUCGCGUGGCCUCCUGCGUGCUGCGGGCCCUCGAAGAUUGCGUGGCGCCGCGGUACGCCGCCACUUCGCUGGACUUCGACUGCAAGGCGCUGCGAGGUGCCGAGGCCGCGCUGGCCUCUACAGAGCACGGGCUACCGCCGAGCCGCCAUGCAAGCGCCUGCGAGCGGACGAAAAAUGUGCGCUUCGAGCCCAAGACCUUCUGA